AUGGCGGACACCCAGCACCAACAUGACGCUUCGAGCGGCGACACAGUCGUCUCGCGGGUCUCCCCCGAGAAAGGUCCCGUCGAGGUACCCGCCUCCCCCACGCAAGAGCCCAACGCAGACCCCGAAAAACUCCCCUCGGAUGAGAAUCCGGAUCAAGAGGUGGCAGACUCGGCGCUUGAGAAACAAUCUUCGGGGCCCCCACUCGACCGCACCGUCUCGCAGGCUGGCAGGAUGGGCAAAAAGAAAGUCGCCGUCGUCAUGACGGCGCUCUGUCUCGCCCUGUUCCUGGCCGCCCUGGACAUGACCAUUAUUUCGACCGCUCUGCCAACCAUCGCGGCAGAUUUUGGCGCCUCGGAGAGUGGGUACUCGUGGAUCGCAUCCUCUUAUCUACUCGCCAACGCCGCGUGUAUCCCUCUGUGGGGCAAAGUCAGUGAUAUCUGGGGUCGCAAGCCGAUUAUCUUACUGGCCAAUGUCUUCUUCCUCGUUGGCAGUCUGGUCUGCGCUCUGGCGAAGAAUAUGGCCAUGAUCCUCGCCGGUCGAGCGGUCCAGGGUGUGGGUGGUGGUGGAAUCAUCAUCCUGGCGAAUAUUAGCGUCACGGAUCUGUUUAGCAUGAGAGAACGCCCGAUGUACUAUGGUCUCUUUGGCGCGACUUGGGCUAUUGCCGGUGCGCUGGGUCCGAUCGUUGGCGGUGCUUUUACCACAGAUGUAACUUGGCGCUGGUGUUUCUAUCUGAACUUGCCCAUUGGCGGUUUCUCUUUGGUGAUCCUGUUUUUCUUCCUCCGCAUCGAAUCCCCCAAGACUUCACUGCUGGCGGGUCUCCGAAGCAUCGACUGGGGCGGCACGUUCAUGAUCAUCGGAGGCACUCUGAUGUUCCUCUUUGGUCUGGAGUUCGGCGGCAUCAACUUCCCUUGGGCUUCGGCGACGGUCAUUUGCCUCAUCAUCUUUGGUGUUGUCACCUGGGGCCUGGCGAUGCUGAUCGAGUGGAAGUUUGCCAAGUACCCGAUCAUCCCGCCGCGUCUAUUCAAUGAGUGGUAUAAUGUGCUCAUCCUGCUAAUUUGCUACUGCCAUGGAUUUGUCUUCAUCUCCGGCGCCUACUAUCUCCCCCUCUAUUUCCAGACCGUUCUCUUGGCAUCUCCGAUCAUGAGUGGUGUCUACACCCUCCCCAUGGUCCUCUCCCUAUCCAUCGUUUCCGCUGGCACCGGUGUCAUUAUGAAGAAGACCGGUCGUUAUCGUGAGAUGAUCGUGGCUGGCUUGUUCUUCAUGACCCUCGGCUUCGGUCUCUUCAUUGAUCUCAAGCCCUAUGCCUCCUGGGCCCGUAUCGUCAUCUUCCAACUGAUUGGUGGUAUCGGCGUGGGUCCCAACUUCCAGGCGCCUCUCGUCGCAUUUCAGGCGAACGUCCGUCCGGCUGACAUGGCCACGGCCACUGCCACUUUCGGCUUCGUCCGCCAGCUCGCUACCUCCAUGUCUGUCGUGCUCGGUACGGUCAUCUACCAAAACAUCAUCGGCCAGCAAUCCGGCAAGCUCAUCGCUGCCAUUGGCGUCGAGCGCACUAAGAUCAUCUCCUCCUCCUUCGCUGGCGCCUCCAAGGAGCUCAUCCAGAGCCUAUCUCAGUCCCAGCGCGAGGUUGUCCUCGAGGCCUUCACCUUCGCCCUGAGCCGCAUGUGGAUAUUUUACACCGCAAUUGCCGGUGUCGGCCUUAUCCUGUCUCUCUUCAUCCGACCCCGCGAGUUGAGCAAGACUCACACAGUGCGGAAGACGGGUCUUGAAGAGCAGGAACGUGCUCGCCAGGAACUGAUAGAUGCGCAGCGCAAGUCGGAGGGCAAGCCUGCCACUGAAGUCUAA